UAAUUGAUGAAUUAGGGUUUCUUCUUCGUUUUCUCCCUUUGAGUAGCAGCAGACUUUGGAUAUUCGGCGGAAUCGAAAAUGGUGAAGGGACGCCAAGGAGAACGAGUCAGACUCUACGUGAGAGGAACCAUCCUCGGAUACAAGAGGUCAAAGUCGAACCAGUAUCCCAACACGUCCCUCGUCCAGAUCGAAGGAGUUAACACUCAGGAGGAGGUAAACUGGUACAAGGGAAAGAGGAUGGCUUACAUCUACAAGGCUAAGACAAAGAAGAACGGUAGCCACUACCGCUGCAUCUGGGGAAAGGUUACCAGGCCUCACGGUAACAGUGGUGUUGUCCGAGCUAAAUUCACGUCCAACCUGCCUCCUAAGUCCAUGGGAAGCAGGGUGAGAGUCUUCAUGUAUCCGAGUAACAUAUGAAGCAAAUGCAAAAUGGCUUAAACUUAUAAUUUAGCCGCCUUGGUUUUGUUCACUAGUUUGUUAUUUUGUAUUUUGAUAUUGAAAGCAUUUCCUUUCUUUGUUUGAAGUGUUUGGAGAUUCUCUAAAUUGACUUUGAUCAUGGAUCUGGUUUUUCAUCACAAAUUAGAAUCCUUUUUCCCCUUA